UGUUUGCGGCGUGGCUCUAUAGACACAACACACACAAGGCCACGCCAUAUUGAAUCGGUACCCAGUCUUCGGUAAUUUCGGCUUCGGUGUGGGGCCCUAAAAUUACAGUUUUGUGAUUUGUGUACACAAUUUUUUUUUUAACCGCCCGGUGAAGGCGACAACAACGACGGUGUCUUUAGUGCUGGUGUUGUGAUCAAAUUUUUUCUUUAUUUUUUUUUUAAUCAAGAGCCCCGCGUCGUGCUGUUUUUUAAGUAUAUAAUAAUAUAUAUAUAACGCCUCCCCGAAAUUUGUGUUGGUACCGUUUCUAUUGGUGACGCGUACUUAAGCGCCCCUUUACGGUUUACGCGAGAGAUAAUCGAUUUGUCAACGAGAGUUUUAAGAAAAAAAAAUUUUUUUAAUAUAUUCUAAUUUAAAUAAUUAAAAAGAUAACAAAACGAAAAACGAGAUUUUAUGUGUCGAGUUAAUAUGAUUGGUGUCUUCGAUGGACGACGAAUAUAGAUUGAUAUUUGAAAUUUUAAAGUGAGGUGAUUGAGCAAUUUCGUUAUUACCGAUGGAAAAAAUGGAUGUGGAUGAAGCUGUUGUGGAUUUAAGCCUUAGUGCGAAUAGAUCUGGUUUAACAGUGACAACAAACAAUCCCUCCUCAUUACCAAUAGUGAACAAUUCAACCCCAAUUUCAAUCGUGGCUCCAGUGUCAUCAUCAAUAAAUAAUAUUGGCGGUGGUGCUAGUAAUAAUAUUACGAAUUCAACUUCGUCGUUUAUGUCUUAUCCAACCGGGACUACACAGUCUACGGUUUCUAUCACAAACCGGCGGGUGUUGAGGCCGAGAACUGAACCGAGAAGUUACGUUGAGAGUCCCGACGUUGUGAUAAACGGCCUGGACAAGCCGAGGACCAACGGAAAUCUUGAUUACAGUAGCGAUUCGAGCGAAGGAGAAAUGCCACCGUUAGCACCUAUCAAAGAACUUAGUCCAUCAGAAUUAAGACACAGAGAAAGAGGGUUGAGAAGGUUACGAGAAGAACUUCGGGUGGAAGAAAUGAAACUUGUUUUAUUGAAAAAGCUAAAACAGUCGCAACAGUUGAAAGAGAACGUAGCCGUUUUACCACCGAACAUCCCGCACUCUGCCCUACCCCCAACGGGUCUUCCAAGCGGCUUGAGCAUCACCCCGACGACGGUCAAGGUGCCCACCAACAAAACCACCCCGUUACCGCAAGCGGCUCAUUCGAGAAAUUUACACAAGACUGGACAAAAUGCUGUACCACCUCCAUUACGUGGACAACCUCCACCAUCAAAUAGAAAUAGUCUUCACGUGACAGCUGUAACGGGUUCGCCCCAUAACAGAACGAGUCUCUCGGUUCCGCAACCUCCACAAAGAUCGUCUUUGGGCCGACCCCCGAACUUUCCCGUUGGUAUCAAAGAUUUAUCACCUUCGGUUACGAUAACGCCGGCGCCACCACAACCGACUAAAUCUGGAAACGGAUUGGACAAUAAGAAUAUUGGAGCAAGUAAUAACAUGCCUCAAACGACUCCAAUACCUGAACAGGAAAGACAAAGAGAUCAAGAAACGCCAGCUCAACGACAAGCCGCCGCAAAAUUGGCGUUACGCAAACAAUUAGAAAAAACUCUACUACAACAAUCCCACAAUCAGCACAAUAACUUAGUAGGCUCUGGAUUAGAGAAGGCUCUGCCAGAAUACAUGAAAAUACCGCCACCCAAACCCCCACCGCCAGAAAUGCAUUUCAUACCGAAUCCGAGCAACACCGAAUUCAUUUAUUUGGUUGGCCUCGAACACGUCGUUGACUUUUUAACGAAGGAAACGAAAAUGCCGCCAGCACCCCAACCGUUCUCGUGCAGUCAGUGUGGGUGUGAUUUCACGCCGGUGUGGAAAUGGGAAAUGAGAGGAAACAAAUCCAGAGGAAAAGAUCCUUCAAAAGUUAUUUGUGAGCAGUGUGUAACAACUAACGUUAAAAAAGCACUAAAAGCCGAGCACACCAAUAGACUGAAAACUGCUUUCGUUAAAGCAUUACAACAGGAACAGGAAAUUGAGCAAAGAUUAGCUCAGAAUGGAGUGUUUACGUCGAGCAGUCCUGCACCGUCUCCUGUAACUCCAGAAGCAUCCGUGCCAAAGUCCGUAACGCCGACUCCGACACCAAGACAUGCAGCGACACCCCCAGCGCCUCCUUCCACACAACAGACGCCGCCACCUUCACGAAGUUCUCACAGUUCCGCGCAGGAUAAAUUAAAUAUAAGCAAUGCGGCGACAAUGCAAGCGUUACAACAACAAAUUUUAAGAACUCUUCAAGCUGGCGGCCCUCAAGCGCAAAUGUUAUCAUUCGCACCGUUCCUAUAUCCCUAUCAAUUGGCGAUGGCGCAAGCGGCAGCCGGAAAAGGUAUGAAUCCAUCCUUGUCGGAUAUGCAGAGAGCCGCGGAACUCCAAAGACAGUAUCUAUUGGAUAUGAUUCCACCACAGUCGGGUCAACGACACAAUUGGAAGACAUGAUGUGGUAGUGACACGAAUUAGAUGAAAAACUCUUGAUGAAAAAAAAAAAUUUUUUUUAUUUGGGGCACGGAUUCGGUGAUGUAUACUUAAAAAGUGUUCUCGGAUUAUUAACAAGAAAAAACGUUGAGGGUUAAAAAUAUGAAAUACGGUUGUCGUAUUACGUUUCCGAUUUAUUUUAGAAACAAGUUUAAAUGUUUGUUUUCUAAUUUUUUACGUUCGUUUUAUUCCUUGGUGCUUU